UGGGAGUGUUGGAAUAAAUUUCCAGAAGAAUGGCAGCUUCUCACCGCCUUCAUUUGGUCAGCUCUCUCUUCAGUACAAAGAGAAAGUUAUGAAGACAUCAGCAAGAGGACCAGAGAACCUGACACCAGCCUUUUUGCAGUGCAAUUCUCUCCCUGCUUCUGGAUUAACACAGACAGAAGCCAUCACAACUGAUCGACAGCAAGUGGAGAAAAAAGUUCAAAUUCACACUGGAAAAAAAUGUUGUUUGGAAUGUGGCAAACAAUUCACACACACAGGUGAUCUUAAUAAGCAUAUGAAGAUUCACACUGGAGAAAGACCAUAUUGUUGUCAUGAAUGUGGUAAGUCGUUCUCAACGAGUAGCAGUCUGCAGAGGCACAGAAGAAUCCACAUAGCAGAAAAACCUCACUGCUGUUCAGAAUGUGAUAAGUCUUUCUCACGUAUAAGGCAUCUUCAGAGUCACAGAAGUAUCCACACAGGAAAAAGUCCUCAUUGCUGUUCAGAAUGUGGUAAGUCAUUCUCAUGCAAAAGCAAUCUUCAGAUCCACAGAAGAAGCCACACAGGAGAAAAACCUCAUUGUUGUAAUGAAUGUGGUAAGUCAUUCACAAGCAAAAGCAAUCUUCAGAUCCACAGAAGAAUCCACACAGGAGAAAAACCUCAUUGCUGUUCAGAGUGUGGUAAGUCAUUCUCAUGCAAAGGCAAUCUUCAGACCCACAGAAGAAUUCACACAAGAGAAUAACCUCAUUGCUGUUCAGAGUGUGCCAAACAAUUUUCUGACAAACGCAGUUUUCAAAGGCACAUAAAAAUUGAUACUGGAGCGAAGCCAUAUUGCUGUUCUCAAUGUGGAAAAGGGUUUUAAACAUUAGCUCUUUUCAAGUAAACGCACAAACUCCCACUAAAGAGAAAAUGCAGUAUGUGUGUUCUGAAUGUGGCAAAUGUUAUACAAGCCAGAAAGGUCUUUACAGACAAGCCAAAAUCAAUACUGAAGAAAAAUCUCAUUGCUGUUCUGAAUGUGAGAAACGAUUCUUAUAUUUUUAACCACACUUCUGUGCCACAUCUGAACUCACACUGGAGAUAAACCUUAUUGAUGUCCUGAAUUUGAUAAGCAGUUCUCACAACAAAGCACCAUAAAAGUGCAUAAAAGCACCAACAAAGCACCAUCAGACGGCACACAGGAGAGAAACCUUACCUUUGCUUGGAAUGUGACAAACAAUUCUCACACCUCAGUCACCUUUAUAAUCAAAGAAGAAGUCAUACUGGAGAGAAGCCUUAGGCCGGAAUUAUACUUCACGCGACGCAUGCUGCAGAGGACG